AGGAAAGAACAGAACAGAACAGAUGGUGGUUUUUAGCCUUAUGAUUUCAAGCGUUCCAGGUACAAAGAUCAACGCAUGCUCAAUUCAAUGUCCGGUUUCACCGGUGAAUUCGGAGAAAUGCCACUUCCAAUACAGCAAGGUCUUUUCCAGGCAGCUGCCGAGCCAAUGCAGGUUGAUGGGGCACCUGAAGAGAACGACAAUGUGGAAGAAUUUCAGCAUAUUGUUGAAGCAACUUCUCUGGAUUUGGAGCAGUAUGCCAGUCAGUAUACAGGCCUGGCAAAACUGUACAGACUGAAAUUCAUUGCUGACCACUGUCCACCCCUUCGACUUGAUGCACUGAGGACGGCCUUGAACUAUGUCAUGACAACGUACAACACCAACCUUUACCAGCAGAUCUACAGGAAACUACAGGAAGCUAUAGCAGGGAACUCCAGCCUUCCAGAUGCUGUAGUGGGAGCCAUGCAUAACAACACGCCUCUAGAUGCACAGUGGAUUGAAACAACAUCAAAAAAGGCUGCACUCAAAAUAGAAAAACUAGAUACAGACUUGAAAAAUUAUAAAAGUAAUUCCAUCAAGGAGAGUAUUAGACGGGGCCAUGAUGAUCUGGGUGAUCAUUACCUGGACUGCGGGGACCUCAGCAACGCCCUCAAGUGUUACUCACGUGCCAGGGACUACUGUACCAGCCCUAAACAUGUCGUCAACAUGUGCCUCAAUGUCAUUAAGGUGAGCGUGUACCUCCAGAACUGGUCCCACGUACAGAGUUACGUAAACAAGGCAGAAAGUACACCAGAAGUCUCAGAGCAUGGCAAGGAUGGAGGGCAGACUGUCCUGACCCGCCUGCGCUGUGCGGCCGGACUUGCAGACCUGGCCACAAAGAAAUACAAAUCUGCUGCUAAAUACUUCCUUUUAGCAAGCUUUGAUCACUGUGAUUUUCCAGAGUUGCUGUCACCACAUGACGUGGCCACGUAUGGUGCAUUGUGUGCACUGGCAUCGUUUGACCGACAGGAGCUACAGAGCCAUGUUAUAUCCAGCAGUUCUUUCAAGUUAUUCCUGGAACUGGAGCCACAACUUCGUGAUAUCAUACACAAAUUUAACGAAUCCAAUUAUGCUUCCUGUCUAAAAUUGUUAGAUGAAAUUAAAGACAAUUUAUUUUUAGAUAUGUACCUAGUUCCACAUGUUAAUACACUAUACUCCCAGAUACGGAAUAGAGCCUUAUGCCAGUACUUUAGCCCAUACCUGUCUGCAGACAUGGCCAAGAUGGCCGCCUCGUUCAAUACAACAGUGUUUGCUCUGGAGGACGAGCUCAUGCAGCUGAUACUGGAUGGGCAGAUCAAGGCCCGUAUAGACUCACAUAGCAAGAUUCUGUAUGCAAAGGACACUGACCAGCGAAGUACGACAUUUGAGAAGUCUUUACUGAUGGGAUACGACUACCAGCGACGUACGAAGGCCCUUAUUCUACGAUCAGCCGUCCUGAAAAACCAGAUCAAUGUCAAGAGCCCGCCUCGUGAGGGUGGUCAGGGUGUGGAGAUGUCAAUCGCCCCGGGCAACGCCUCCUCAGCCCGGAACUGAGUGGACCCUGUCAAACAAGGACUUGUCUUUCACAUCUACCCUGCAGUCCACACAACUCCAGCAGACAUCUUUACCCCAGCCACUGCUGUAGGGGAAAAUAUUGGAACAUGUGAAUAUCGUUCUUGAGAUGCUUAAUGUAUUUGCACAAAGUGCCAUUGCAGAUUAGCCUGUGCAUUCUGCACAGGCUAAUCAGGGAUAUCACUUUCUGCUUUUAUAAAAGUUUUUCCAUAAAAGGAAGUUUCUUCUAAAUGAAAUCCUGUUUAAGUGAAAGGUGUCUUCCCUGAUUGGUCUGUGCAAACUUCACAGGCUAAUCUGUUAUAACACUUUACGCAAAUGCAUUAAGCAUAGUUUUCCCAGAACGAGGCUCAUUUGUUUUAUUCUUGGAUUUUUGUGCAUCACAUGUGAUAUGAAAAGUAAAACGUGCUAUUGAACAUUCAGUGAUAACUUUGCAUGAGGUUGUGUUGUCAAUGGUGAUGAAGGUUUGACAAAUAUAAACAUAAUAUACCUUAUAAUAUCAUUAAGAUUGCAGUAUGCUGAAACUGAUUUAGGGCAAUUGUCCAGCAACAAGCCAGUGUGUAUGCAUUUCUCCAUGUAUCAUGGCUUCAGAUUAACAGACACAUUACUGUGUACAUACCCGAGUCGUUAAUGUACCAUAUGUGUUAUCAGCAAUGUGUUUGCACAUCUGUUUUUAAAUAUUUUUUCUAAAAAUCUCUGCCCAUUGAUGAGCUGUAUAUCUAAUUGGAGAUCCAAGUAUUUAAUUUCUUGCUUCAUGUCAAUUAAGUCAGUGACAAAAGGAUUUUGGUGAAAUAAGUUGUUGUCUGUUUAUGUUACUUACGUUAUGCCUAAGCCACACUUUAUUGAGCUACUCUGUCAUGUUCCCUUAACAGUCGAUCCAUAAUGGGGUAAAUGAACCACACUUUCUUGAGCUACUCUCUCAUGUUCCUUUAACAGUCAAUUCAUAAUGGGGUAAAUGAACCGCACACUGAGAAAUCCAGGUUUAAUGCAUGUGUGUAAAUGGUCAUUCCAGAUUAACUAAAGCAGUCUGCAAAGGCUAAUCAGGGACGACACUCCACAGUUAUUGAAUUUUUCAUUUGAAGAAGGGGGAAAAUAUCAUUGCUGAUUAGCCUGUGAAAACUGCAUAGUCUAAUUUGUGACAAAAGGUUACGCACAUGCAUUAAGCACUUUUUUCCUUAAGCGCAUGGGUUGGUUCAAAGCCUGGUGUAAGCUUAAGAAACAUCCUUGAAUUUUUGUAAUUCCUAUAUAAUAUUUUUUUUAUUUAUAAAAUUCAUAAUAAAAAAUCACUUUCUUACUUCCAUAAAGCUGUUUCUCAAAGACUAUGAAAGUGGUUUCUCAAUGUUCAGCUCUUAUUUGCUAGUUAAUAACUUACACAACAAAACUAUAUGCGAUAUAUAUUAUCUUCUGUAAUUCUUGUUUGUAUGGUUAUGAAAUGUUUGAGGGAUGUUACACUAGUUGGUGUGUACAUGCAUUCAUUUAUAUUUUUAUGAUGCAAGAAAAUGAUUAAAAAUGUACUGCUCACA